UCUGUCGGUGUCUCUGUGCCGUUCAUUAGCGUGCUAUAGGUUAGCAUGUAGCGACCAGCCCCCCCUCCUCUCUUCGUUACGCAAAAAGCGGCGGACGGUUGUGAUUUGCUGGCCGCAGCCCUCCCUCUUCAGGGGGGUAACUUAUUGCGGGAGUUUGCAGGCGGAGUCGGUUUCCCCGAGAGAUAAAUUGUGUGUGGUACAAUUGGUUGAGCCGGGUACGAAACUGUCCUUUCGCUUUUCCUGUGAGGGACAGUCAACAGUCUCUUAGCUUAAGAAACUAAACCCGCCGUUUAGAAAACAAAAAAAAAACAACAAAAGGUGGGAUAUCACCGGGAGUUAACAUGUCGGGAAAUAAAGACAGUGACGGCGGAUGGAGGACGUUUCUGUGGAAUUCAGAGAAGAGGGAGUUUCUAGGACGAACAGGCUGCAGUUGGUUUAAAAUCAUCUCGUUCUACGUGAUCUUCUACAUAUGCUUGGCUGGAAUAUUCGUCGGGACCAUCCAGGCACUGCUGCUCACGUUAAGUAACUACAAGCCCACUUAUCAAGACAGAGUCGCCCCUCCAGGUCUAUCACACACCCCACGCUCAGAGAAAUCUGAAAUUGCUUUCACUAAGUCUGAUGAAGGGUCAUAUAAGAAGUACACGGACAGCAUGAAGACUUUCCUUAGACAGUAUGACGAUGACCGCCAGACUGAUCAGAUGAAAUUUGAAGACUGUGGAGACUCUCCUCGCCCGUACACGGAUCGUGGACCUCUGGAGGCCGACACAACUCAGAAAAAAGUCUGCCGUUUCCGCAGGUCUUUGCUCGGUAGCUGCUCAGGGGUGGAUGAUCCCCAUUUUGGCUUCAAUGAGGGAAAGCCUUGCAUCAUUGUCAAGCUCAACAGGAUUGUCUUCUUCAGACCAAAGGCUCCCUCUAGCAAUGAGUCACUCCCAGAGCCUCUGCAGGCCAAAGCUCAGCCCAACCUGAUCCCCAUUUACUGCAAAAACAAGAGAGAUGAGGAUGAAGGCAAAAUCGGAGAGAUCAAGUACUUUGGCAUGGGCGAAGGCUUUCCUCUUCAGUACUACCCGUACUACGGUAAACUGCUGCAGCCCCAGUACCUGCAGCCACUGGUGGCCAUUCAGUUCACCAACCUCACUUUGGAUCAGGAGCUGCGUGUUGAGUGCAAAGCAUUUGGAGAAAACAUCGCGUACAGUGAGAAAGACCGCUACCAAGGACGUUUCGAUAUUAAGUUCACAAUCAAAUCGUGACCUCAGCCAUGACGAGCACUCUCAUUUUGAAACAAAUAAAAUGUAGAGAAUAAAAAAAGAGUUCAGAUAAACACCACUAGUCUUUGAACAUUCAUAAUAUACAGGACCUACACUUAAUCUGUGUGCUUUACACUAGCUUUUCUGUGUGUUUGUCGAGGGUUAGAAUGUAAAAUACAAGAGUAGCAAUAGCAAAUAUUUAUUCUACUGUAAAUGAAAAUAUUCCUUGAGCCAUGGGAUGUGUUCAUCUAUUACUGUAAAACUGCAAUUCCACUACUGACGUGUAGCGAGCUGUGUUUCUGUCCCCAAAAGUAUUUCACCCUAAUGUGGUUUCUAUAUAUUUUUGGAGUGUCCAGUGCUGUAGUCUAUAGUCCUGUUGUAAUCUCUUCUCCUGUCUUAUGUCAGCUUUAGUGGUCCAAGGUGUGUGUGCGUGCGCUCGUGUCUGUGUGCAGGUGUGUUAGUACAUGUGAGUGUGUGGAGUGUGUGUUAAUGUGCUCUGACUAACUGAAAUACUAGCAUGGUACUCUGAACCUUUAAGGCCCAUGUUUGAGUAAAUGACUGCGCUCCAUGGAAUCUGUUUUUUUGUGUGUUUCUUUAUCCAAGUUGACUGUGGAAGGAUACAUUUGUACACAUUUUCUUUGUUGUUCACCUUUUAGCUGUAGGUUAUGGUUUGAUGACAUUUCUGUUUGAUACUCUUACAUCUGUUCAUUCUUAAUUGAUAGUGUAGAGCUUUGUGGGUCCAGCCUAGAAGACUGUCACCUCCAUGGAAACAGUGGCAACUCAGUGCUUUGAAAUCUGUUUUGCUGGAGACAUCACAUGACGUGAUGCUACUUACUAUUGAAUGUUUUAGCCAUUUUCAUGGUGGAAGAAUUUUAUAUUUAUGCAGUUGUACAUUUUUUUCAAAGUUUAAUGUAUGAAUCCAAUACCAAAGUCGCUGGUCAAAAGGUUAGAGAAUAUCAGAGGCAAUGCAGUAUCCCAUGUAAUAAGAUGUUUAGUUGGUGUGAAAAUACUUAAUUCAAUGUUGAAGAUCAAAACACUUGUCAGGAGUCUGCUCUUGUCACUUUAUUUAAUCUGCAUAAGGCUGAAACAAUAAACAGAAAAAUGAG